CUUUCCUGAUACUCAUCACUCUUGCUCGAGUUAGAGAACUAUGGCACGGAUGUCUCAUUUCUAAAAGCUAUCUCUGUAUUACUUCCCAUGACCUUUUUUUAAUCGCCUCCGAAUCUUCCGUUCCCUGGUGCUCCAACCCAUCUUCUAUUUGCUGCCUCCUUAUCGAUUAGGUCCCUUUUGUCGCAUUACGCUCCUUUCACAUUUGCGGAGACCGAUUAUUGAUACUGCUCGAUAUCCCCAGAUUCUAUUUUUUUUUUUCCGCUGCGGCCCUGCAACCUGUGAUAUGGCCGGACCGUCGAUUCAGGACCGCACGGUCGAGUUCCGCGCCAUCUUAGGACAGGCCCAGAAACGUAUCUCAUCUUCGAAGGUUGGCUCGCAGCGACAGGCGCUGUUGUCGGACUCGCAGCGACGACAGGCAAAUGGUGCUGCAGAUGGAAGUGCACAAGGUGGCAAGGGAUCUAGAUCGGAAUUCGCCCGACGCGCAGCUGAUAUUGGACGCGGUAUUACGGCGACGACGGCGAAGCUACGAAGGCUCGCAGAACUGGCGAAACGCAAGACUCUGUUCGAUGACAAGCCGGUCGAGAUCUCCGAGUUGACAUAUGUCAUCAAACAGGACCUUGCGUCUCUAAAUCAGCAGAUUGCCUCACUACAGGCACUCACACUUUCACAGCACCCCAAGUCUGGACGUCCGAGAGCGGACCAAGAGGGAGAGCACAAUGAUAAUGUCGUGGUUCUGCUACAGGGAAAGUUGGCGGAUGUAGGUGCCAACUUUAAGGAGGUUCUCGAAGUCCGCACCAAGAACAUCCAAGCGUCGCGUUCUCGGACGGAGAACUUCGUAUCAUCUGUUUCGUCCAAAUCACAAACCGCCCUAGACCCCCAACGAUCGGACUCUCCCCUUUAUCCCUCUGGCCGAAGGACACCGCAACCAGGCAGCUCUUCCGAUUUAUUGACCUUGGAACCCUCGAACCCGUCACCCCUCGGCCGCUCACCAAUGCAUUCCGACCAACAACUCUUGAUUAUGGAGGAAGCCCAGUCGAGUAACUCGUACAUCCAAGCACGAGGCGAAGCGAUUGAUGCAAUUGAAAGGACUAUCAGUGAACUGGGAGGCAUUUUCGGCCAACUGGCGCAAAUGGUCAGCGAACAGUCUGAGAUGAUCCAAAGGAUAGACGCCAAUACGGAAGAUGUGGUGGAUAAUGUGCAAGGAGCACAGCGUGAAUUAAUGAAGUACUGGACACGGGUGUCAGGAAACCGGUGGCUAAUUGCCAAGAUGUUUGGAGUAUUAAUGAUCUUUUUCCUUCUCUGGGUGUUGAUAUCAGGAUAGAUACGCCCGUCUACUCUUUUUUUUUUUUUUUUUUUUA